CACAUCAGUCCUCACCGAGGGAUGUGAAGUGGAAAGGAUGCUGCUAGACAUAUGGAGAUUUCCCCAGCAGACUGUUGCAAAUAACAUCAGGGGAAGGAAGGGAUGUGGUCAGAUGCUUGCCAUCAUGUCAAGGGAAGGAGCUGUUUGGUGGAUUGCUGUUCUUAUUGUAGGCCGUAUCUUGGGUAAUGAUGAGUUUGAGUACAGAGAGGAAAUUAAGAACCUGGUGGCAUGGUGUGAAGACAAUAACCUAUCCCUCAACAUCAGCAAGACGAAGGAAUUGGUUGUUGACUUCAGAGGGAGUAGCGAGCUGCACGACCCAAUUUACAUCGGUGGUGCACAAGUGGAACAGGUCAAAAGGUUUAAGUUCCUUGGGGUUAAUAUCACAAAUGACCUGACUUGGUCCAACCGAGCAGAGUUCACUGCCAAGAAGGCCCACCAGCGCCUUUACUCCCUGAGAAAACUAAAGAAAUUUGGCCUGUCCCCUAAAACCCUCACUAAUUUUUAUAGAUGCACUGUAGAAAGCAUUCUUCUAGGGUGCAUCACAACCUGGUAUGGAAAUUGUCCUGUCCAAGACCGAAAGAAGCUGCAGAAGAUCGUGAACACGGUGCAGCACAUCACACAGACCAAUCUUCCGUCCUUGGACUCACUUUACACCGCACGCUGUCGGAGCAGUGCUGCCAGGAUAAUCAAGGACACGACCCACCCAGCCAACAGACUUUUCAUCCCUCUUCCCUCCAGGAGAAGGCUCAGGAGCUUGAAGACUCGUAUGGCCAGAUUUGGGAACAGCUUCUUUCCAACUGUGAUAAGACUGCUGAAUGGAUCCUGACCUGGAUCUGGGCCGUACCCUCCAAAUAUCCGGACCUGCCUCUCGGAUUUUUUGCACUACUUUACUUUCCAUUUUUCUAUUUUCUAUUUAUGAUUUAUAAUUUAAAUUUUUAAUAUUUACUAAUUUUUUACUAUUCUCAAUAUUUUUAAUAUUUAAUAUUUGUAAUCCAGGGAGUGUGAAGCGCAAAAUCAAAUAUCGCUGUGAUGAUUGUACGUUCUAGUACCAA